CUCGGAAGGUCACGGUAUAGAUGACAAGAUGGGACGUGAAACACACCCCGACGCACCCCGCCAUCCGGCAGACGAGGCAGGGCGCGCAACGUUAAACCGAGAAGACGACUCGUCAACGGGAGCAGCAACAGUGCGCAAAAAGACGUCCCAGAAUGGUGCUGGAGAGGUAGAGUUAGUCGGAGCUGAGGGCGAGGAGGCAGGAUUCACAAGACGUCGCUUACCCGCUAGAGAUAGCGUGCAGUCCACACGAAGCUCAGUCGUUUCCAAUACUGGUGACUAAAAAUGUCAUCGGUCCUGAGAAGAUUCUCGCCGCUACUGAAAGAAAUAGCUUGAGCGAGUAGUUUUUUAUUUUCUCACCCCAUCAAUAUCAAAAAAUUCAAUUAUUUCAAACUCAAACAAUUAGAACUAGUUUACUUCAAGAAUACGAUCAACUGAUACACAAUAAUUAUCACGACUAGAAAUGAAUUGAUUCAACAUCGUAGCCAAAGGCAAAGCCAUGCUGAGAAGUAGUACUAAAAAUAUCACUAUGAAAUUAAUCAUGAUCAUCAUCAUGAAAAUAUCGAACAGAAAAGAAAGAACACAUUCAUUGUUCACCUUCGCAUUAUUUUUCAUCUGUCGAAAGGUUGAUUUUGAUCGAUCCUUUUCCUUCUAUAUUUUUACUGAAGCUCAGAAGUGACCCGCAUACUUUCCAAGAAAAUUAAUCCGGUCGGAUGUAAAAAUUCCAGGUGGCUGUUGAGCAGCAUUUUUACUUAUCCACAUAUUUAGAAUCGAUCCCCAGUCGUGGUCGUGCAGCUUACAGAAGCAGAGUGCUGACGAUCACUUGUUUCGGGAAGGGUUGUUCUUGACACUCAUUCCGUACAAAUCCUUUCGCAGCGUAUACAUAGAUUGAGACUUCUAGAAACAAAUUAAUAUAAUAGCAAUUUAGAUUUUAUUUCAAGUUUGAAUUCUGCUUAGGCUGUGCGUAUGCCGAGGACGAGGACGACGUCAGGUUCAGGUUUAUCAACUUUUUUGUGAUACAACAGGCAGAGUCACCUAUUUUUUUCUAUUCACAGUGGUGGGGACAAGGCCGAUAGCAAUUGCUUUCGAACGGAAUGCGGUUGAUGGUUGUGUCUCCUCCAUCAGACACGGCUAAGCUCUUCUAGCAAGGCCCAAGAUAUAUUUUCUUUUUUAGAAAAAAGUCAUUUAUAUCGUCGAGCAGCGUGCCCGCCUUCGAGGUUAUACACAUUCGUCUUGAUAUCCGCUCACUAGUCGUGAUUGGCGGACAAGCUGCAUCUAUAUUUGUCUCUCAUUUUUUUUAUAUCAAGUUCAUCGAACUUCAACUUGACGCCCGUUCCAGAUGACACGAGCGCGCAUACGUGUUUUGGUUUUCUGACUUGGUUCUGGCACUGGGUGCAAAUGUAAUCGAGUUCUAAAAAUGCACUCCAUUGUGGGCCAGGUCGACGACUUUCGAAGAACACACUCGAUAUUCCAAUAUUAUUCCUUCGACCACUGAUUUUCUAUAUGGCGGAUGAACAGACGUCGUGCAACUCAUUCUUAC